AUGCUAUGCUGGAUCAACAGUAGCCAGAUCGGUGACGUACCAAGACUGUACAGACGAAAAAGAAAAGAGAGCACGAGAAAAAUAUUCCCCAAAGCCUGCACACACACCCAAGCAAGGAGACGCACGUGCUGCCACCGAUUUGCCUCUUGUGCCACCGCCCUACAAUUUGGCUCAUCCAAAGCCGUAGGUUUGGCGUGGGCCUGGUCUGGCGGAGUUAGACCCGAUACAGCAGGUGCGCGCCCGGAGACAUACGGAUGCGCAAGAAAGUUUGCGCGGUGCGCCUGGAAACAGGCCAAUAAGAACCGUUCCUGCGAUAGUGCGCGCGCUUUUUCGUUUUUCGCCUAUAUAUCGCCCGGUGCGAAAGGAAUUUUUUCCUUCUCUUCUCUUUUCCACACUUGUGUAUAUAUAUUCAUAAUGGCCGCCAAGCAGCAGACUCUUCCUACUUUCACCGUUGGUGACUACGCCUCUUUUGCUCUCGCCGGUGCUAUGGGCUGUGGUGUCACCCACGGUGCCAUGACCCCAAUCGAUGUGGUGAAGACCAGAAUCCAGUUGGAACCAACUGUUUACAACAAGGGUAUGAUUGGCUCUUUCAAGCAAGUUGUCUCUUCCGAAGGUGCCGGUGCUUUGUUGACCGGUUUGGGUCCUACCGUCUUGGGUUACUCCUUGCAAGGUGCCUUCAAGUUUGGUGGUUACGAAUUGUUCAAGAAGACCUUCAUUGAGCAAUUGGGCUACGACACCGCCUCCAAGUACAAGAACUCCGUGUACAUUGGUUCCGCUGCCUUGGCCGAGUUUUUCGCCGACAUUGCCUUGUGUCCAUUGGAAGCCACCAGAAUCAGAUUGGUGUCGCAGCCAACCUUCGCCAACGGUUUGAUUGGCGGUUUCUCCAGAAUCUUGAAGGAAGAAGGUGUCGGUUCUUUCUACAACGGUUUCACCCCUAUCUUGUUCAAGCAGAUUCCUUACAACAUUGCCAAGUUUUUGGUUUUCGAGAGAGCUGCUGAGGCCAUUUACGGUGCCAUCCCAACUCCAAAGGCUGAGUUGUCCUCUGGUGCCGCCACUGCCGUCAACUUGGGUGCUGGUAUCAUUGCCGGAUGUGCUGCUGCCAUUGUUUCUCAACCUGCUGACACCUUGUUGUCCAAGGUCAACAAGACCAAGAAGGCUCCAGGCCAAUCCACCAUUGGUUUGUUGGCUCAAUUGGCCAAGCAAUUGGGUAUCCGUGGCUCUUUCACUGGUUUGCCAACCAGAUUGGUCAUGGUCGGUACUUUGACCUCUUUGCAGUUCACCAUCUACGGCUCUUUGAAGUCUGCUUUGAACUGCCCUAAGGCCGUUGAGUUGUAA